UCACAAGGUAAAGCAACGUUCGACAAACUGAUUGCUCUCGGCGAGACAGGUGUCGUCGUCGCAACUUCUUUCCUUCAGCAACGGGAGAGGAAAAGGAAUUUCUUCCACCGUAGAAGACCUUUAAUUACGAAAUGCAGCGGAGCGGCGAUCUAAAUUACUCAUUUGAGCGAUUAGCCACAGUAACUUGCGAAGCACGAAAUACGGCUGCGAGUACGAAUAUAAAUGCGCGUUCCUUGUCGAAUGGAAAUUAUUCGGCUCGAGGAAAGUGGGAGCUGUAUAAAAGAACCGGCUAAGCGGAUCAAAGACAGGAAAUCCAUCGAAAAUCGACGAGAUUGAUCUAUCUAAUCGCGCGAGAUGCAUUCGGUAUUUCUGCUCUGUUCGUUACUUUCGUAUCUGCUCGUUUGUGGCACUCUGGCCGGGCCUAUUGUUUACGAGGACGCUGCCGAGGACGAUGUCGCCGUCGUCGGUUCGUACAUCCGCGAGGUGCGCCAAUUGGCGCCGCUGAAAGUCGCCGCGGAAGUGGAGGAUCUAAUGAGUGCUAGUAACGCACCGAAGUCACGAGACAAUAAAAAACGCGUGAAAAACGUAUCUGGCAAAUCAGACGAGGGUGGUUACUACAGAACCUACGGGAGCGAUGCGGAGGGCGAGAAGGGUUACUUGAAGGAAACCUACGGCAAAGGUGAUCAAGGCUACAAGACUCUCGACACCUUCCACAAACAGGACGGCGACGAGUACGAGUUUGAGACGCAAACCUCCUAUGGCAAGGAUCUGGUUGACGAUAACAGCGAGAAGCGUAAAGAGAAGAAAGAUCAUGACCACGAGGGCGCAGGUACUAUGGUCGAUACCGACUAUGCCGGCGGCGGGGAUGGCGAGUACUCGCAUUAUACCGGAAGUGACGACGGUGGUGAUCACUAUAGCAGUCACUACACGGAGAAGCAACCGGAAUCUACGAGUUACGACCAUAACGAACAUUAUUCCUCCGGAGGUGGCGACGAGGGAUCUUACGAGAUGCACAGCUCUUACAGUUCUGACGACAAAGGAGAGGAUGACGACGAGGGGGAUCAUUAUUAAUUUCAUCGCUGCAGAAAAUAAUUUUAAUACCCCCAUUGAUAUUUAACACGAUUCAUUCGAGCGGAGUGUUUGAUGUCAUUUUUGUCCUUUUAUUCGCGAAUGUGUACAAUUAUUGCGAAUAUAUAAACGUUUUAUCGCGAGCAAAAAUAUGUUAUUAUUAAAGCUAUCGAAAAGAUUACAUACACGCUUCGAUAGACACACGUGUAUGCAUGUGUGCAUAUGUGUGUGUAUGUGUGUGUGGAUGCGCGUAGCGCGACAGAUAUUUUGAUUUAUCUCCAAAAAUGAGAACGAUGUGUACGCGCUGUUUCCGCUAUGCUGCGGGCGAU